UGCGAUCGUUGCCGACGUCGUAAGGUACGUUGUGAUCGACGUCUUCCAUGUUCUCACUGCACCCGAUCAGGUGCAGUAUGCGAUUAUCCGACCAAGCAGAAGCCCAAGGAAAAGCGGCACCGAGUCUUCAUAUCUGAGGUUUACGAACGAAAGAUUGACCUCAUCGCGGAAAAACUCGAAGACUUGAGGCAGGCUUUGUUUGGGCGACCAGGGAAGCAACAGGCCCAAAAUCAGCACGCCGUACAGCUUCACACAUGAUGAUGUUUCGUCACCGACUCCUUCUCGAAUGACACCAGAUGCACUUAAAGCAGGAUCUUCUUCACGACAGGAAGAGGAUAAGAUCAUUACGCCAAGGGUGGAGUUUGAGGGAGAGUCGUCUCUUUCAGCGCAAGCUGCUUUUGCAAAUAUGUUUCUUCAUGAUGCCGUCAACAGUAAGCAUCCAACUGACAUCACGGGUGAGAUGGUAUCGGUGUUAGAGACUCUGGAUCGUACGCUCGGGAAUGAGAAAAACCAACAAGAUCCCGACUAUCUGUACCCAAACGCCAUUGCUCUCGCACCAGGCUCUUGCGUGUGGGACCUCCCGAAGCCCCCUAUCGAGUCAGUCUUCAUCUGUCUCCGGAUGGCACAAGAAAAAGACACUUUAAUCUUUUUAUAACUUAUUGAAAUAAGUAGUGGAAUAGAAAUAUGGGUCUUUGAUAAG